AUGUACGGCGUUGGUCUGGGCUCUCUGACCCUCUGUGUCCUCCUGCAAGUCACACAGGGCCAGAUGUUCAUGAUCAAAAACGUCCAACUGGAGAAGUGUAUUCACGCGGCGGAUGACACUGGGCGAGUCUCCCUGGCCAAGUGCAAGGUGAACGCCGACCACCAACACUGGACCUGGGAGCCGAGCACCAACUCCAUCAUCAACGUGAAGAGUAAACGGUGCCUAACGGUGAUCAAGCCACGAGAUCUGCCCACUCUGAAAACAGAUCUGUGCGAAGGCAGGAAGAACCAGGCCUGGCUCUGUGACAGCCGGGGGUAUCUAUCCCUCUAUGGCCACCAGCUGCACCUGAGCGCCAAGCAAGGGACCAAGAAAGUGAUCCUGUCUAGAGGAAUGGACAAGUUCAGCAAAUGGAAGACAAUGAAGGAUUCGCCAAUCUGUGAAGACGUCAUUAUGACCACCACUGGCGUACAGCAAAGUUCACCCCAUGGCGCCGAGGACAGCGUAGAUCUAUUUUAUGAAUCUGAAUUGAGAAACUCCAGUGUGACUCUGGGAAUUUCCCCGUUUGAGAUGGGAACGAACACCACAACUCAACAACCCAAGAAAACCUUCACUGCAGAGAUCGAGGAAGUUCCAUCGGCCAGUUCUUGGGAGCAGAUCUAUGUGUUUGAGGAAAACAGUAUCGGCUGGAAAACGGCUAUGUUGAUUCUGAGCCCGUUCACUUUCCUCCUAGGGAUCGCUAUCCUGGUAUUAAAUGUCCGCAGUAACAAGAAAAGGAAGCUCUCGGCCUUGCCCAGCCAUGUUAAACCUCAUCAUAAACUUGGUACACAGUAUGAGCAGUCACCAUUAACAAGCAAAGCAGAUCUGGCUGACUACCCAGGCCAGGACCCCAACUCUUCCACCCUGAGGCAUGGAGAAAUCCUGAUCGAGUGGAAGGACGGCACGAUCACUCCUCUCUAUGACCAGCAGUGAAAAGGAUCCACAGUUUGGUGCCAAACCUAUGUAUUUCUGACCAUGGAUUAUCAUGGAUUGUCUCUCCCAGACUCAAAAAGUUCACGUAUCACCUGAUAAGAUUGAUCAUCUCCAGAGGAAUGAUCUCAUAAGGUUAUCCUUUCCAGGUUUAUGUUGCCACCUUAGUAGCUGAGAUAUCACCAAAUCCUCAGACAAGUAGGACAUUCAGAGGAAGUGUCCACCAGUCCCUUAUCCUUCCAUUAUUAGAAUGCCCUUUGUUAUUCCAGAAGACAU